CAGUUUACCUUUAGUUUUUGACUCGUAGCAACGUGAGAAAGCCGCAAAUCGAGUUUACUAAAGCGAAUUAGUAUACUAAAACGAGUUCAAAAGUUCAAGAAAUAAAACGGCAGUUCAAAGUACAAGCCAAAGAAAAAAUAUUGGUUUUCAUUGACAACAAAACAACUCAAAAGUGUUAGUUAGUUCCUCCAGCUAGUGAGUGCAUAUACUUAGGUACAUAAAUUCUUAGAUAAUGUCACAUCCACAAGCGCCGCCUCCGCCAUACUCACAGGCCGUGCCGGGCUACUACCCACAGCAGGGUGCUGCGGCUCCAGCAACCACAGUGGUCAUACACACUACAGCACCAUCAUUUGCGCCCAUCUCUAAUGAGCCGGCUACAAUAACUUGUCCCUCCUGUCAUGCUGUGGUGCGCACCACUGUCAUCCGGCAGCCCAGCAACACCACACAUCUUUGGGCGCUGAUACUCUGUCUUUUCGUUUGCUGGCCUUGCGUGUGCGUACCCUACUGCAUGGACUCCUGCCAGAAUGCCAAUCACUACUGUCCAAAUUGCAACGCAUUCAUUGGCACCUACACGAACUAACUGUAAUAAACCAAAGCGGAAAAUAAAAAACUAAAGCAAAACAAAACACAAAAUGAAGCAAGCUGUUUUCCAAAAAUAAAAACCAAAGCCUCGAAGGGACAAAAAAGUUUUUUGAAUUAGUAGAUGAGACGAUGUGAAGCCACUAAAGUGUUUGCUUGCAAAUAAAUGGCGCAUAAUUGAUAAAAAAAGCGUUUACUUAAAUAUUUUUACUAUAAUAAAUAUAUACAUGUAUACACUUUCGUAUAUUUAUUUGUAUUGUGAAAAAAGUGUCGAGAAUGAAAUAUUUGAAUUAAUUUUUGAAUAAAUUGCUAAUGUAAAGAAACGCAUUAUAUUCCAUAUUUCUAUGCUGUAGUAUUUUCCUAAGAUAAUGUAAAGAAUUGUACUUUAUAAUGAUUAAAAUAUUUACAUACCUACAUAUUUUGUUAACGACGAUGAAACGCAUUUAACGAGAAAUAUAUAAUAUAUAUGGUACAUUCGAUAUACCGGAAACUAAA